AAAUCACCUAAAGGCUGAAGAAAAAUGUGCCAAGCAUUUUUGGAAAUGCCUGAAAAUAAGUUUUUCCUGUGUUUCAAGAUUUACCAGUGUUAUAUAUUAACGUUAGCCGUCGCAAAGCACACCGGACACCGGAGUAAGGGAAAGGGUUUAUUGGGGAACACCCUACAGACCGGAGUGAAGGGGCGACGAAGGAAAAAGGGAGGGAGACUGUAAGAGAGAGAGACAGAGAGGAGAGGAGCUAGCAAGGAGAGAAGAUAGAGCAGAGAAGAGGAGAGAGGAGAGCAGAGCCAAGAGACCAGAGGAGGAGGCUGGAGAGAGGAACCGAGAGAGAGCAGGAGAGAAGGGGCCAAGAGAGCAGGAGAGAAGGGCCAAGAGCCCAGAGGAGGUGGCUAGAGAGAAGAACCGACAGAGAGCAGGAGAGAAGGGCCGAGAGAGCACGUGUGCAGGAACAGGCCCUUUUAAAACUUUGCCUGAGGGCAGGCAGGGAAGCAGGAGCAGCGAAUCCCAUUAGGGUGGGGGUGGAGCCUGGCUCAGGUAGCUGGGCCAUGCGGCCACCUGGCUACAACCGCGCCAGUUUCCUAACAACCAGCCCACGUGUAUGCUUGUUUGUCAUUGAGGCCUUGGCUCAGUACUCCCCACUCAGAGCCCUCGUGACCUCCCCGAUGGGUCACUCUUGCCUGGUACCCACUGCCCCAGCAUCCUGUUCACAGCGCUUGCCGUAACUACACUUUUGGCACACGUCGGUAUGGCUCUCCGAUGACUGUCUGCUGCCACAUUAGACUCUGAGCACUGGACAGUCAGGGAUCUGCUCUGCUUGUUCCGGGACACCCAGGGCCAACACAAUUCGUACCAGGUAAUAGGCGCCCCUAGGUCAUUGCCCAAAGACAGAGCCGACCCCACCGUGACUGCCGUCUGCUCUUCUGCCCUUGGCCUUGCUGUCUCCUCUGCCGUGCUGCUCCCGUGUCCUGCACAGACCCAGCCACAAACACUCCCCUCCCCAUGCUUCUGCUGUUCGUGUUUCUCCUGCUGCCUAGAAGUGACGGUGCUCAGCCUCUGGUGCACGGGGCCAGAGCCGAAACGCAGAUUCAGUGCAUGGUGAUGGCACUGACACAUGGCCUCCAGGCAAACAGUGCUGGCAGCGCAGGGCCAGAAGUGUCGUCUCCCGCAGCUCCUGACGGGCCAGAGUGCUGCUGCGGAGCGGGUGAACUUCUUCCCCGCCUCCCUCACUCAGCACAGGGCCCCCAAGCUCAGAGACGAGGGUCACCUGCUGCACGUGCGUAGCCAGCAGUUCUUGCACCUGACAGUUGUCCACAGCCACUUGGACUGUUACGAGCAUCACUUCCUGUGUCCACCCCAGACCUACUAAAUCAGGGUCAACUGGGGUGGGCCCAGGAAUCCGUGUCUCUGACUCCCUCCCCAGGUCUGCAUGCCGUCCUGCUGUCACUGUGGGUCCUUGGGUAGAGGGGACAAAGCGAACCCACUGCUGUUCCCAACACAAGGCAGAGGGAAAGGCCCCAACAGAGGUCUGCGCCCCUAGUUUUCAGCGAUGACACGGACGCACGGCAUGCCAGGAACCACAGCCACAGCGGAGGAACAGCGCAAGGUUCUGAAGAAGCCUGGAACCCCCGACUUGAGCCCAGGCUCCGCGGGAAGGCUGGAGGUGUGGCCCCCUGGAGGUCACUCUGGGAUGGAUCUCCUCCUGUUCUCAUUGUCAUCCUACUGCCGUGGACAGCUCUAUAGAACAGUUACCAUCUGACAGACACUAUUCUAGAACUUCACAUGUAUGAUUUCGCCUAAUAAACAGGAACAAUGAGAGGCAGAUACAGAGUAGAAUGCCCCACCCGCGUCCUGGAGAGCUGCAGAGGCAGCCCUGGACGCAACACUGGAUCAACUCUGGGCUCUCGGAGAUUGGAUCGGACCUCUGUGGGAAUGACUCAGCCCAGGGUUCCCAAAGCCUGGGAGAGAGGCUGGGGCCUGCUGGCUCCUUGGGCCUCACCUAUGAAUUCAGCCAUCCUCUAGACACCGUCAGAUGUUCCCACGUGACUCUUGGUCCUGUUGCCAAGUGCCAGAGUCUAGAAUUACAUCCACAGACCUGCACACCAGCCGUAAGCCAGGAGGUGCUACCCGUGGCAUGCCUAAACCCAGAGCCGAAAGAGGAGUAACUUACAAGCGGCCAAGGCCGCGUCCUCUGGAGCCCAGGGCUUGGUGGUGAGCCGAGAGGGCCGCCGGGUGUCCAGCCAGGCACCAUGGAGAGGAUCAGCGCCUUCUUCAGCUCCAUGUGGGACACCAUCUUGGUCAAACACCAGGAGGGCAUCUUCAACACCAUCUGCCUGGGCAUCCUGCUGGGGCUGCCGCUGCUGGUGCUCCUCACCCUCGUCUUCAUCUGCUGCCACUGCUGCUGGAGCCGGCCAGGCAAGGGCAGCCGGCCGCCAGAGCAGAGCCGGGGGAAGAAGAAGAGGAGGAAGAAGGACGAGGAAGACCUCUGGAUCUCAGCGCAGCCCAAGCUCCUGCAGAUGGAGAAGAGGCCGUCUCUGCCCGUCUAGGUAGGCAGGACGCCGGCCUGUCCUCCCUCUGGGGCUGAGCCGCCUUCCAGCCGCACAGAGACAGCCCAGAGGACACCCUCCUGUCCAGAGUUAACCGCUCCACCCAGGAACAGACCUCAGACUGCAUUCCCAGCUGGCACUCCCAGGGGCACACGCGGGCGAUUCUUGGGCACCGUCUUGGCAGCCGCGUGUCCCUAGCAAUGAACGCGCUUUUCCGCACUUCCAGGCACGUCUUCCGUCCGUCGCUGGCAUACCCCAGGCUCAACGCACAAGGAACAUUGAUCCACCCAUCCAGAUACGGCUCCCAGUCGGACACACACACACACACACGCCCAUCUAGGUGACAGGUACGAGGGAGAGUACGCUCUGUUCACCAAAUGGCCAUGGCACGUGCCCUUUGGGCAAGGCAGGACAUUACCCACACUUGCAAAAAAAAAUAUGUCACAGGAGGGCCGGGCCAGAUCGAGGCACGUCCUCACAACUGCACAACCAGGCAAGGGCCUCGUGCACUGUGUACUCCAUACACCACUCAGGUUAGAGGCGCUUGCUUUCCUGGUCCUGUGCCUGCGUGGCCUUUGACUGGAAGGACUCUGGGACAUUGCAACCCCUGCGUGUACUGAUGCACACACGCCAAGCUCCUGUGCUCCGACCCUGCUCUACCGGCGUGGCAAAGGGUAAAGCAAGAUGGCUCAAAAUUCUCUGAAAGUUCUUUUCUUGCAGCUCACAACUAGGUCCUCAUUACCACUGAGAGGUAUUUAACGUGCUAGGAGCCCUCUGUCGAGAUGCUGCCCCCACAGCCAUGCAGCUGGGUGCCUUUUCUUAGCAUGAACACACAGAUCUUGGCGGUGACUACUGGCAAACCACAGAAGCCUCUCACACACUUGAGUGGCUGCGAUUGUGACCCUGUGCGGUGCAGGCGUCACGGUUGGAAAGGGGCAGGGGAUGCUGCACCUGAGCUGAGUAGCACCUGUGUGAGCAGAGGUUUUCAGCAGGAAGGGAACCAAGACAGUGACCAGUGGAGUCUCCCAGACGGCACUGGGAAUGAUUUGUGCUGGGUGUGCGCUGUGUUGCAGGAGGGAAGCAGAAGGAACAAGAGUUUAUACGAAGGCAGGAUGAAUUUGUAAAAAGGUUUAUUUAUUUAUUUUGACGCUCAGGCAAGUGCCUUGCACACAGUAGGUACUCAACUGCAGUUGCUGUUGAUGCAAUGAUGUUAAGGGUGUGCUCCUAAUACCUCACCACGUCCCCCAAGUGACCUUCUCCUCCCGGAACGCCCACUACCUGCUGCCGUGGACAGACCCGGCGUUAACAUGCCACAGGACAGGACCCACAGAAGUGAGGGGCAGCCGGCCUACGGGCCCUGAGGUACGCGAGGACUUGCAAACAGGGAGUCACAGAGAGCGUCCCCACCAGGCUGGGGCUGGGAGGUUAGCCCACCUGUACGACAAACCGGUUGGCAUCCUGACCACACCCCAAAGCUGGCCGGUUUCCCACUUGGAAGCAGGAUGUGCGUCCAAAGGUUCACUGUCAAUGUCCCGAGAGGUCUCUUGAACAGUUUCCCCACAGAAGAGGUUCUAAACGGUGGCAGGUCCUUUGUCGAGGAGCCUGGCCGAGCCACAGACCGAGUCCCCCAACGCUGUGCUAAUGGGGAGAUGUGCCAGGUCACUCCCGGGGCCCCCGGGACUCGCCUGCCCUCCAGGUGUUCUCCAGGCCCGUGGAGCAGGGGUGUCUGCUGGUGCCUCUUGCCCCAGGGCCUCGUAGCAUGGGACCCUGGGAGGCACAGAUCAAGCCGGCAUGUAUUUAAGAGCCAGUCAUGUUCUCCCUCCCCUCGGUGGCCCGAAUUCCAUGGGCACUCAGGCGCACCACCACGCAUAAAAACCCUUAGACCGCGGAAAGAAACACCCUGAUUGCUGUGUGGCACCCGGCUAACCCUUCCCUUCACAGGCUGACAAGUCACAUCCCCACUCCCUCUGCACUGCUGCCCUUCCUGUCCCCAGCUCUCUGCACCCCAACAGUGGACGGCUGGGGGAGACGUGGAGACUGACAGCCAAGACAGCCGUCCGAUAUGAUCUGGGGCCAUACGGGUGAUGGUUUCCAUGGCAACCAGCUGCCAGUUGGGAUUCUGGCAGCAGUCAGUCGUCCUUGCUGUGACAAGGCCUCUGUCUCCGGGCCAAGUGUCCCUGCUGCCCCCUAAUUGAAUGGACUUGCCCUAGCUCCAGGCAUGAAACACACGGACGCUCACUCCUCCUCACCUUGAGAGCCGGGUGGGGUUUGUCCCUUCCCUACCCCUCCCCACCCCCCUCAGCCUUCAUGCAUGCCCGGAAUGGCACCAGGCACCCGCGGGGCCCUCGUGGUUCUGGUGGGUGAGUGGACGCAGGAGAGGAGCCCGAGGUGACCCUUGGUGUCCUCUCUCCUUUCCACCCAGUUUACUCUCGGCGUCCUGUGCUUCCUCUUCUCCCGGCCCCGGGCCAGCUGCACCCCUGAUCCCUCUCCACUUCUCCUCCCACUUCCACUGGCCCCUGGUGGCACCCCGGAGACUGGAGCCAAAACAGGAGGAUUCAUAGAAGAGGCUUCCCGGGCCAGCACCGGAGGAGCUCACCCCGCCGGAUGUCUGGCAGCUUCAGCCUGCCUCUGCCGCCUGCGCCAGGUCUCCAACCGCCUCGCUCUGCGGAUCUGCUUUAGAGCUUUCUUGGGGGGAGGGGGAAGGGCGGAACUGAUAUCAAAGCAGAAUGAUGUUUGUCAGUAUUGUUUUCUGUACAAGUCACACACGAGAAGACUUAUUUAAAUAAAAGACCUUGGAAACUCAAA